AUGCCUGAACCACGGUACUAUAGAGGUUUAUAUUGUCCAGCAAUCUCGAGCAAAUUCGAGAAUGAAGCAGUGGAACUGUCAUACCAGAGAUAUUCUCGCAGACAAAGGAAAAAACCCCUUAUCGUGGUCAACCUCGUUGACUUAGCACUAAAAAUUGUACUGGUGAUCAUUUAUGCCGCAACAGACGACGAUGGAUGGCCCCCGAGUCUCCAACAAAUAGUAUGGACGGUUACUUUCACAUUUUUAAACGCGUGUGUCUGUUUGAUGUGCUUGUGGCGAACUUUAGCUCAGAACCACUUGCACUGGGCUGCAGCUGCUACUUGGAUGCUUCUCAUCGUUCAAGGUCUAAGCCAGCAAAGUAUUGGCUUCCACCAGACACAAAACCAAGUAUGGUACAUGCUGUUGAUUGGGUUCGUACCAUACGCCAUAUUUCCACUGUCACUAAGGUGGUGUAUCACCCUCGGAGCCCUUACCUUCCUGGCCCACUUAAUGGCUACCAUUGUGACCUGAUUCGAUUCAAGAGAUAGUUUUUACUCACAGCAUAGAUACGCCUGCGCCAUUCGUCUGCUAGCAGGCAAUGCGCUACUCCACGCUGCAGUAAACUUCGCAGGAUUGUAUACCAAGUCUUUCGUGGACUGGGAACAGAGGAAGAUAUUCUUAGAAACAUGCAAGUCAAAGAAAGCGUACGAGAAAACCAGAAAAGAGAGCGACAGACAAUGGAGUCUCAUACAAAGCGUAAUACCAGGGCUUGUGGCGCAAAAAAUCAGCACACAUUUAUGCAAGAAGGCUGGAGACAUCCAGGACAUACUGGACAUUGUGACGUACAACAGUCUUGAAGUGUCUCUUAUGUUCGCAGACAUCAAGGGAUUCACAGAACUUUCGAGCAAGUGCAGUGCGCAAGAGUUGGUGGAAUUACUGAACAACUUAUUCGCCCGCUUCGACAAACUGGCUUCAGAGAACCACUGCCUCCGUAUAAAGCUACUGGGCGACUGCUACUUCUGUGUGAGUGGCCUCCUGCAGCCGCGCGAGGACCACGCACACUGCUGCGUCAACAUGGGCCUGCACAUGGUCAGGGUCAUCCGCCAAGUGCGAAGGGAGAACAAACACUUGGCGGUGGACCUAAACAUGCGCAUCGGGAUCCACAGCGGUACAGUACUGUGCGGAGUGCUGGGCCAGUUGAAAUGGCAGCUUGACUUGUGGUCGCGUGACGUCACCAUCGCUAACCGCAUUGAGAGCAGCGGAUUGCCCGGUCGUAUACACAUUUCUUCUUUUACACACAAAUGCCUUAAUGGGGCUUUUGUUGUGGAGCCUGGAGAAGGAGGAACGAGGGACGCCUACCUCCAGGAGUUCCAGCCCAUUACUUACUUCAUUGACAGCUUGGAAAUACCACGACCUUACGUAAAAAGACCUGCCGCCAGAGAUUUAAAUGGAUCCGAAGAAUGUGUCAAAGUAGAUCACAAACAGUUGUCUGCUGUACCCAUACCACCAAAUGUUGGCCGCAGACGUAAAAUACGACGCGGGCACCGCUCAGCUGAAAGUACGGAAAAGGAAUGGAAGCCAGAAAUGCCAUUUGAAAACUACUAUCAUGGUGACAGUGAGGACGUUCACGACGGACCGCAAAAACUCGAAAUGCAGGAUGAAGAUAUGAUCCGUCGCUUAAUUGACGCUUGUGCGAAGUAUAUGCACGCCUGGUCAUUACGGUUCAAGGAAAAUGCCAUGGAAUCCAGGUUCAGAAACCUGGACGGCGAGACUUUCAAGUCCAACGUCAUGAGCUGCAUGAUCCAAUGGCUGUUUGUGGUAGCAGUACAAACUCUUGCACACUAUAACUGUAGAAACCUGGUGAUAGUUUUGGCAGUGAUGACGGUACCUCUAGCACUCUGCUUUAUCCUGGUGAUGAUUCAAGAGUUCCCGCAAUUCAAUCGCCAGCUCUAUAAGUUCUCUGAUAAAAUUAACGAGACUCGUAUACUGAGAGUCAUGCACAUCUGCUUCAUUAUCUUCGUCAUGACAUUGUCGAGUACGGUUAAACUAUACAUCUGUCCACCAGCUCCACACAAUAUCUCUGCAAACAUUUCAAGUGUUCUGAUGUCGAAUAUUACAAAUACUACGACUACUGAUGGCAUUGAUACAGGAUCGUCUCCAGGUCAAUGUUACAACCAGGAGUACGUGGUGUUCACGUGGGUGCUGUGUCUGGUGGCGCUCACCUCAGUGCUCAAGCUGUACUUCCUCAUCAAGACACUACUGGCCAGCAUCGCUGUCGUCAUUUACUGCGCCCUCCUUAUUCGAUACUACAUGUAUGAUCAGAGCAAAGGAAUCAUUAAUCUUUUGAAUUUCAGGUUAUUGUUACCUGCCCAGAUGUUGGUUCUAAUGAGCGGUUUCUUAGUGAUGGUAAUAACCCACGCACGACUGGUGGAAAUAAUAGCACGGCUCGACUUUCUUUGGAAGCGCCAAGUGAAAAUCGACCUGAACCGCAUGGAGUCAGUUCAACGCAUGAACAAACAGCUACUAGCGCACAUACUGCCCGAUCAUGUGGUUGAUCACUUCCUCAGUAAGGACUGGCGACCUGAUAAUCUGUACGCCCAAUACCACGAGGAGGUGGGCGUGUUGUUUGCGAGUGUCGUCAACUUCGACACGUUCUGUAGAGACAGGAAGGCUCUGGACUGUCUGCGUACACUCAACAGUAUUAUACUGUCAUUUGACCAAUUACUGACAAAUCCAAGAUUUAGCGGCGUCGAGAAGAUAAAAACUAUCAGCGCUACAUACAUGGCAGCCUCGGGCCUAGAUGCUAAACGUAAUUCAGGGAAACGCGACCACAAACAUCUACACGCGCUAGUUAAUUAUGCUUUCGCGCUAAAAGGUGCUUUGGAUGGUAUUACGGUUAACAGAUUUCAACUGAGAGCAGGUAUAAGUUGUGGUCCCCUGGUGGGCGGAGUGAUAGGCGCUCGGAAGCCGGUGUAUGACAUCUGGGGCAACACCGUCAAUGAAGCUUCCAGGAUGGAGAGUACCGGGGGAGCUGGGAAGAUACAAGUCACCGCCCACACUCGUGAGCUCCUGAGAACUGAUUAUGUUCUAAAAUGUCGCGGCGACAUAGAAGUUAAGGGAAAGGGAAUGAUGGAAACCUGGUGGGUUACGGAGAAUAUUGAUUACGAACAUGAAGAAAUAUAUCAUAAUAUGUCGGAGAGAACCUCUGAUCCGACACAUUACGACUAUGUGCCCAUGAGCGGCCUUAUCAACUAUAGUCCAAGAGAAAUAGGAUGGAGAUUACCUAAACCGAACUUUGAAAGACGUCCGAGAGACAAUAUAAUUGUGAAAAGGUUACCUAGACGCCCUAGACGUAACCCCAAAGAAAAUGUUCGACAGUACUCGAUCCUCCAAGCAGAAGAGGAACCUGCACCCUCGCUACAUCCAUUUGCCGAGCUCUUGUUCUCCUUGCAACAAACUAGAAUGCAGAUCAAUCAACACCCGAUUUAUACGUUGGAAGGCGCAAUGAACGAUACAGACGUAGAGCCUACAUCUGCACGAACGCCUUCAGGACAGUCGGAUGCAAAUGAGAUCCAACUAGGAACUAUAAUGAAUGCAAACCGAGGCGCACAGACGGCGCCACCGUCGCCCAGUGCAACCAGGGCUGGACAAACUAGUCCUCCAAUACCUCCACCUAUGCCUGGCUGUUCCAGAAAUAAUAUGUCUUUAGGGUCGCUGGACACCAUUCCAAUACUUUCACCCGUUCAGCCCAACAACAAAACCACUGAACCACAACCCUCUCUACUUUCCCGGUUUAUGAAAUUACUUAGGUUCAAAUAACCUCGCAGUUAUUUGCACUGCUUUCUUUCCGUACCUACCACAAAAUAGUGAAUUGUUAGGAUAGGUCUAAGUUUAUUUAAUCCAGUAAUUCACUGAUAUUGUGCCAUAAGCCCUACAGGGUGAAUUUUAAAUAAUUAGAAAUAAGUAUUCACUUUCAUAACGAUUGCAAAAAAUUUAACACACUGUAUCCAAUUUGAAUGUUAGAUUAAGUUUUUUUUUUAUAAUGUAUCCUUUUAGACUUAGUAAUUAUGCACACUAGCCGAAUCUAAGAUUCGAAUUCGAUUUCGAACCUAAGUUCGGGGGAGACAAUAGAGGUACAUAUAUUUUAAAAUAAAACAAACGAAUAAACUUUCCAUAUAUAAUCGAUAUAAACAUUAUAAAUAAAAGCGUCUCAUAUUCAGCUUAACAACUUGCACACGAUGACCGACCACAGAUUAUUUAGUAAACGAUUAAUUAACUUCAUUACAAGUACACUGAAUGUUACAUUAACACUAUACUUUAAACCUUACAACUUACAUUACUUAUAAAGUUCAAAAUGUAUUAUAGAUUUUUUGGGUAGAUUGAUGUGCAGGUGUCCAGGAAGUCAAGAAAUCGUUUAGUAUAAUCUGUUCACACUAACACUACGGUAACUACUUGUGACAUAGACAAUGAAACUAGACCUUAAAAAGACAAAUGUAAUCGAACAAAAAUGAUGAAAGUACAUUGCCGAUUUGAGUUCUAAAUGUAUUAUAAUAGGGAUGCUUUUAGAAAUGUGUGACAGAAAUGAAUCUAACUAGUAAUUUGUAGUCGUGUUAUUGUAGUCCAUUUCAUGAUAUUAAAAAAACUUGCAAAUUGCAGUUUAACUUUAAUUAUAAUAUACUAUUUAUUUUUCCAAAAAUAAAAUGUUGCUACUAAAACAAAUAUUUACUGCAAUUUAGUUUAUUAUUCGAUGAUGAGCCAAACAUCCCUACUAUACGAACUAACCACAAACUUCACAAACCUCUAUACAAAGACUUUCCAGUUUAAUUCCUAAAACACCACCUUUAUUUCAAAAACAUUAGGUUUUACCAAAAUAUUUCUUCUGUAUUUUUAAUAGACUUUAAAUAUGAGGAAGAACAAUUAACAUUGAACCUUACGAACAUUGAAACAAGUUUGGAAAUUGCACUAAUUGCUUGACUACGCGAACUACACUUAGCUAACAUAUUGUGCGCAUUCUCUCAACAAUCAAUGAAUGCUACAGUCUUUUUACUCGCCACUAGACAUGUAGCGUUUGAUCUGUUUAUACAAUAGAAACAUUAUUACUGUCAAACCUUUAGACAUUUAAUUUGACAAACAGGCCUUGCUACAUUGACGCCAUCUACAGUUAACGAGAAAAAAACAGUAGUGCUCAUUGCGCCUGGGCAAGUUAAAGCUUCAAGUGUAGGUACACAAAUUCAACAUAAACUAUGUAAAAAACAAUAAUUCAUGAAUGUUAUUCAUUUCGAUCUUAUUUCCACUGUUUAAUUAAAAGACUAACAUUAUAAUCACUUAUGCGACUAGGUAUUAAAACAGCCAAAACCAGGACUUCCUCCUUAGCAAUAUAAACGUUUAUAGUAAAAUUAGGAUUCAGAAGCACCGUGGACAAAAUUACGUAAAUAUAAUCACAAGAUUUUAUGGCGAGGGAAUUUUAUACAAAAUAUAUGUAUAUUAUAUGACAGUAACUUUAUUAUAUUUUUCUAAGAUUAUUUAGACACCACUAACACGCAGAGAAGGAAGAAUCGUGCGGAAGCCUGGACUCAUAAUUUUUAUUACAAGUUUGGAAUUGCCAAUCCACCUUGAGCAAGCGUGGUGAUUAAUGCUCAAACCUUCUCCGUGUGAGAAGUGGCCUUUGAUAUUUCCACAAAAAGUCUGUUGACGUGAAGUGAUCUUUAUUAUAAAUUAUAUCAUAUAUUGAUAUUUGUAUAAUAUUAAAAAUUGCAAACAUAAUGUUCUGUUGCUAUAAAAUUCCCUCACCAACUCACUUUUAAAACUUUUACAUAUAGAUAUAUAAGUUCCAUUAACCUUUUGAGCGCCAAUGUCAUAUACGUGACAAGCGAAAACUGUCUCUGGACGCCACCGACAUAUCAUUCAUUUUAAUCUGUAUUUUUUUCGUAGUUUGCGCGGAAUUUGUAGCUUGGCGUUGAGGGCAGGUUCAUGUGUUUUCGCUCUGGCGUUCAGAAGUAAUAAAUGGUAAUGGAAAUAACUUGGUAUUAUUAAAAUAAUGUGUUAUUAACGGCAGAAUUAAAUUAUCCUAGAUUGUGGUAAAACAGUUACUCAAAAACAUUACUAAAUAAAUAUUAACAUUUAAGGAAAGAAAUAACAUUAUAGACAAUGCUUAUAUUAUAGAGGAUGUUAUUAUUAUGGUAAAUUAUUAAUAGUAUUUGAGUAUAACAGCUUCAGAAAAUAUGUUUUAUUAUAUAAGAACAAAUAUAAAAUUCUGAUAUAGGAUUAUAUAGGACGAAAAUGUAUUAUUGUAAUAUCAAGCAAAUAAAUGUAAUAACAUUUUAACUUUAUCUUAUUAAAACGCUUCAAAAACUUCCGCCAUUUUUUUUCUACGCAUUUCUUGCCAACUAUACGCUUUACAGAUUCUAGAAUUUUCUACGUUUCCCUACUGAACACGUUAAUCAGGCGAGUUUGUAACACUUACAGCUUAAGACGACACACCGACAUAUUUAUAUAAAUAUCUAAUAUAAUAUGAUUAUAUAAAAAUGUAUACAAUGAAAACGAAGCUACAUAAUAUUGUCUAUUUGGCUAAUGUGGAAUCGGAAGCCUACAAUGGCCCUCUUGAUACAGGACAA